AGCGAGUCAUGCGGCCUCUACUGUUUUGAUCCACCUCUGAUAAACAGUGUAGAGAUGGCGGAAAACUUCAAGUCCGGGUGACUCUUUUAAACAACCCUGCAACUGCGAUACAUUUCUGUAGUACCUAACAGGACGGGAAUUCUCCGGGAAGCUGGCGGCUUUCUACGGCAUUCGAUUCCGCCCGGAGGACAUGGAGAUUAGGGCGGAGGGAGAAGCGGAGGAGUGCAGAAAGGAGCACUGGAAGCUGCUGUCCAGCCUGAAGACCACAGUGGAGGGUCUCUUGUCCACCAACAACCCCAACGUGUGGUCACGGUAUGGUGGCUUGGAGCGGCUACACAAGGACAUGAACAACAUCCUCAGCCAUGGACUGAAGAAUGAGCAGGUGUACUACAAGCAGAGAAACUAUUGGCCAUUUGUUUGGUGUGUUCGCUUCAUCAGCCCCCACCUUGCCUCACAUGUUGAACAGUUCAGGCACCUGGAGCCAGUGGUGAGCAGUGGGGUGAAGAGUGCUGGUGAAAGCUACAAGGCUGAGCGUUGGCUGCUUCACAGCUUACAGGUUCACAUGCUGUCUGCGCAGCUCCGACCUCUGCUCAAGCAUCUGGGGCAUACGCGUAAAUACUACAGUGAUGAUGCUUUUCUGCUGAGUGAACCUCAUGUGACCGCCAUGUUUCAGUGUUUGGAAGCUGUGGAGCAGAAUAAUCCCAAACUGCUCGCCCAAGUGGACACUGUUGGGCUGUCCCCUUUGAAGAGCCCACCAUGUCUGGGUCUGUUGAAGAGCCAGAGUCUCUGUGUCCUGCCAGGAUCUGGUUGGGCCUGGAGGAACGCUGACUCAGCUCCCAGUGGAGAAUCUCUAAGCCGCAGACUCACCACCUCUAACUGCUCUCUGCGAGAAGCAGUUGCCAUCAGCCACCACUCUGCAAGCACUACAGCAGUUGGAUCCCCAAACAGCAGCAACACAAACACUACCUCUCAAACCAGCAGCCUGGAAUCUCAGUGGGUGUUUGCGUCCAGGCCAGGGGAGUGCACACAAGGUGUGACACCCCCACCUGGCCCAGUGUCCAUCCCUUGCAUCUCCUUAACAGAGGCCUCCUCAGCGUCCUCCCCGCUUCAGCCUGAGGCCGGUGACUCUGGUGGCGGUGACUCUGGUGGCGGUGACUCUGACGACGGUCCAGAGUAUUUGGCUAUCGGAAACCUCGGGCAACGCAGUCGGCGUGACUCCCGAAGCUCCACCCACAACAGCGAGCAGGGGGAGAGGGCAGACCAAUCCCUGCAGCAGAGUUCCACAGCCCAGGCCCCACCAAGGUGCUCAUCUUUUUCAGAGGGCCAGAGGGAGCCGGGAAGGGGGCUCAAAGGUCACAGUCGAUCGUUGUCUGACACAGGGGUCAGUCAGAAGCUCAGGAAUGGAGGCGGCCACAGAAAAAUCACCAUAAUAAUAGAGGACCCAGUAGCAGAAUCAGCAGGUGACGACUGCUGCAUGAAGGACUACGGCCAGUUCUCACCUCAGCACAGCGACACCAGCACACCCAGUUCUCUUUACAUGGAGUCUCAUGGGUCGCAGUACAGCAGUACCUCAGAAGGGAUGUUCAGGAGGCCAUCAGAGGGGCAGAGCCUCAUCAGCUACCUGUCAGAGCAGGACUUUGGCAGCUGUGCAGAUCUUGAAAAGGAGAAUGCCCAUUUCAGCAUCUCCGAAUCGCUUAUUGCAGCCAUCGAGCUAAUGAAGUACAACAUGCGGCGUCAGGAGGAGGAGGGUGAGGAGGAGGGAGACAGUGACAGCGAGAUUCAGCAGCUCAAGCAGAAGAUUCGCCUGCGGAGGCAGCAGAUCAGACGCAGCCGUCUGCCGCCCUCUACAAACUCCCAACACAUUUUUCACUCCACUGAUAGUGGAGGCUCCAGGAGGAGCUCUCAGGACUCCUGCCAGGGCCUGUCUGACUCGGGAUCAGCGGAGGAGGUGGAGGAGUGUGAACUGCGAGAUGGCUGUGAGGGUCAGUCCCUGCUGGAGGUGUCUCAGAACGGCCUCUCCCUGUCACUCGCCUCCCUCUUCUCAGAUGCAGACAUAAAGCGCAGUGUAAGCUCCUGCGGAAGAUCUUUUCUCAGCUCUGAUUCAUUCACUCCCUCCUCUCUCCAGUCUAACUCAGCUGAGUCAGUAGCCAUGGGUUUACUCAGGCAGUUUGAGGGCAUGCAGCUUCCUGCGGCCUCUGAGCUUGACUGGCUGGUCCCAGAGCACGAUGCUCCUCAGAAGUUGCUGCCCAUCCCAGACUCUCUGCCCAUCUCUCCUGAUGAUGGGGAACACGCCGACAUCUAUAAGUUAAGGAUUCGGGUCAGAGGUAAUCUCGAGUGGGCACCGCCUCGACCACAGAUCAUCUUUAACAUUCAUCCUGCCCCCAAGAGGAAGAUAAUUGUGGCUAAACAGAAUUACCGCUGCGCUGGCUGUGGCACCCGCGUUGACCCAGACUACAUUAAGCGACUACGUUACUGUGAAUACCUCGGCCGUUACUUCUGUCAGUGUUGUCAUGAGAAUGCUCAGGCAGUGGUUCCCGGCCGAGUGCUGAGGAAGUGGGACUUCAGCAAAUACUAUGUCAGCAACUUUGCCCGGGACCUGCUGAACAAGAUUUCUGGAGAUCCGCUUUUCAACCUUAAUGAUAUUAACAGCAGCCUGUACAAGAAGAACAAAUCCCUGGAGGCUGUUCGGGUUAUGAGGAUUCAGCUGUUUCACAUGAAAAAUCUCUUAAAGACGUGUCGCCUUGCUAAAGAGUUGUUGGACCGCUUCGACAGCCUGUCAGGUCACCUGACAGAGGACCUUCACCUCUUCUCCCUCAACGACCUCAUGUCUGUGCGCAACGGGGAACUGGGUCCCCGAAUGAAAGAGCUGCUGAAACUUGGUACCGUGCAUAUAGCUGCCUGUGUGCUGUGCCAAGCAAAAGGCUUUGUGUGCGAGUUCUGCGGGAACGACAAAGACAUCAUCUUUCCCUUCCAUCUGAACAAGUGCCAGCGUUGCGAAGACUGCCACGCGUGUUACCACCGCAACUGCUUCCGCACAGGUAAAGACUGUCCUCGCUGUCGGCGGCUGGCAGAACGGAGAGAGAGGAUGGCACGCAAAAACAUGGAGGAACAGGAGGAUGAGGGAGGUGGGGCUUAAAGCUGGCAACAGAAGAACCUCAGAGAAGAAGCACAACACGACCAUGAUUGUAAUGACUGACCAUCUUUCAUUCCGUUCCAGCCUUUGUAAACCGGGGUGACCUCACCUCUGCAAACAGCUGAUUGUCUCUCAUGCAAGUUUUACUACAUCAGGGGCGAAAGAGGAACAAAAGCUACUGUUUUUUUUUUUUUUUUUUUUUCUUUUCCCCAUCUUAGAUGCACUUUACUCUGUGAUUGCGUCCUGCUUGAGAGGUACAGUAGUGAUUAUUAGACAAAAGAGAAACUGCUCACCGUCUUUCUGAUGUGGCAAUUAGAUUUGUUUUUUCACAAUUCCUCAGAUAAACUAUUGGCAGUCCUGAGCUGAUUAUUUUAUUUGAAUUUCAUUGUAAAUAAGGACUGAAAGUAACUGUCAGCAUCUCUUUAUGGUAGUAGUUCUGUUGCUGCAAGGUGAGUUUUAAAGAAACACCUUCCUUGCUUCAGCUGUGCUGAAUCCUUCCUCACUAAAUGAAGUCGCUCUGUACAAGUGUGUGAAUGAUAAAACUCGCUGCCUUACACGGAUGUUUGAUGCUCCCUGUAGUUUUCAUGUGUGAAAAGAGCCAAAGAUUGUUCCAACUUGUCAUCAAUCCUGGUUUUUGUUUUAAAAAAAAAAAAAAAACCUGAAAAAACAAACUCCUGUGUCACCUUAAAUGGAAAUUGCUCUCAAAUGCUCAGACUCUGGUGAUUUUACUGGCUUAGCUGAAGGUUUUGCUUUUUCACCUAAAGAAUCAGGACCCC